GACAAUGUGUUGAAACCUGGAGCUCCAUAUCACGUUUGGAGAAUUUCUACAUUGCCACACUAUGCGACUGUUUCGAGGAUAUCAUCGAUUUGCGUGAAUUCGGCUCGGCACCUGUAGAGGAGUGGGGAAAGGACUGGAUGACAGUCUCAUGGGUCUCGCGCGGAAACAGCUAUGGAAAGCUUCCUGUCGACGUGCGUGAACUGAAUGAGCUGGCCCGGGAAUCUGAUAGGUUCAGGUUGAAAGCCAUGGCAGCAUCCAUGAAAGAUCUGGUCGGCGAUCCUCUCGACGAGUUCGCCAAGAAGUUCACGGAAGAGUUCGUGAAGCUUGGCAUUAGGACCAGCAUGUACGUGCGAACCGACAUCAUUGAUGGGUGCGCCGUGUCCAAACUGGUGCAGUUGGGGCCCGGUGAGACUCCUCCCUCCUGGGGUGGAGAGGAUCCCCGUGAUGAGAUUCAAGGUGGACAGUGGAAGGGCGUAGUCGGUGGAGUGCACUUCCGCGGAGAACGGCUGCAGAACGCCGAAAGACUGGGCUACCCUGGUACAGGUGGCGACUUCCACGGAUCUCUGCCUAAAUUACAUCUUGGGUGUGUGUGUGUGUUUGAGUUUGUGUGUGUGGGGUGGGCACCUUGA